AUCCACUUAGACAUCGAUGCGGCACGGAAACGAUUCAAGGACCGCACCCUCAAUACACGCAAUAUCGAUUUCUCUGACUCGAUCGCUAAAAGGCGAGGAAAGUCGUAUGGGAGCUCUAUGUAUGUUCUGGAAAUUGUGGGGAAAGAUUAUAGCGAACCUGAGACUGCUGAUCAAAAGUUCAAUAGAAUAGCAUGCGAAAUAGACGAGUUAUCGCAGCAGUUACAGGAGGAUUCGACCAAGUCCACACCCUUAGUAAAUGAAUCUUCACUGGCUGCCCUAGCUGAUGAGUUGAAGGCUGUAAAAGUUUCGAAGGUAUCUGGAAGUGCACCGACUUCAAAAGACAAAGGAGCUCCUAUAAAAACGGACAAAUCAGCAGAUGGCAAGCUUCUCUCCUUGGAACAACGCCUACGUCGAAUCGAAACGUUGGUGGGAGAGACAGAUCCAUGUCGGCAGCCGAUCGCUGAUUUCAUGGAAGACAUACGGUUCCGCCUUGAUGCACUCAGUCCUUCUUACAUCGAGGGGAUGGAGACGAAGCUCAAUUCACUCAUGUCGAAGUUAGAUCAGUUGCUUAAUCCAUUUGCCUUAGCUUAG